UCAACUUGAGGAAAGACGUCGGAAUUACUCCAUGGAGAGUAAUGAAAGCAAGAGUGCCUCUGAUGGGGGCCAAGGAGGGGAGAAGGCACCACCCCGCCCGGCUGGGGGUGGGGGAGGGGGUGGGGGACUGGAGAAGCUGUCACGCGAAGAGCUUGUCAACAAAUGCAGGAAUCUGUUGGGUCUUGCACAGAAGGCUAAGGCAGCAAAAGAUGAAGCAACAGCCGAAUUGAAAAGGGUCAAAGCAGCCUCAAAGAGUGUGGAAGCAGAAGAGGAGAAGAGAAAGAAAGCAGAAUCAGAGGCAGAAGCGCUACGGGAGAUGGUCACCGAUCUCACGGAGGGGAAGGUGGCGCAGACAACCAAGAUUGAGAGUCUCCAGAGACAGUUAAGGGCCGCCUCAAGUGAAGUGGACUCACUCCAUGAAUUGAAAGCUGCUCUGCUGGGGGAGAGAGACAAGCAGGAAGCAGAGGCCUCCAAACUGCUAACAGAAUACCAGAAAACAAGAGAAGAGUUAGAACAAAUUAAGGUUUCGAGUGCAAAGAAAAUUGAGCUGCUGCAGAAGACUUGGGAAAAGGAAAAACACAUUUUACAGGAGAAAGUGGAGAACCUGGAAGCUCAGAAUAGUCAAGUGGAUAUUUUGAAGACCAAAUGUAAGAAGCUGGUUCAGGAGAAAGCAGGGCUGGAGGAAGAGCUAAAGAAACAGCAAGUCCUUGUGGCAAAAGGUGUCAAAAUGCAAGGAGAAGUUUUAGCCCUUAAAGAAGAGAAGAAGGCCGCUGACAUCAUACUCGAGACCACGCAGAAACAGAAGAAGGCCCUUGAGGACAAGUUAAAAUCCUUUGAAAGCCAAGUCACAGACCUGAAGAAGGCAAAAGAGAAGGAUGAGAAAAAAUCCAAAUUGGAACUUGGCAAAGUGCAGGAGUUGGAGGAAAGGUUGAGAGAGAAAGAUUUGGCUUUAUCAGAAGCUGAAACUAAGCUGAAGGAUUUGAAUAUUAAACUUGAAGAUAUGGAGGGUGCUAAACAUCUGCUAGAGGAAAGUGCUAGAGAAGCCAAGGAGAAUUCUGAGAAGAAUGAAGCUGAUGGAACAAAGCUAAAAGAUGAUCUUAAUGAAGCUUUAGAGAAGAAUAAGUAUCUUGUAAGUGAAUUUGAUGAUUUUAAGGCCAAGCACAGUGAGCAAAUAGAAGUGUAUACCAAAGAGAUUGAGUAUUUAAAAUCAACAAUGGAGAAACAGAUGGAAGAGAGCAGAGUGCAUUCGGAAUUAGAGUUGCAAAAGAUUAGUGAAGAAAAGGGAGAACAGUUCAAACUGAUUGAGGAGCAGCAUCAGGCCUUGAAAGUAAAAGAACAGAAUUUGACAGAAGAAAAUGCACAAUUGAAGGAUAAUGUAGAGCAAUUAAGAGGUAGCAGUCAAAAACUGGAAGAAGAGAUUUCAGAGUUACAAAGACAGCUUAAGGAAAAAGAUGCACUCAGUGCUGAUCUCCUACAGAAAUAUCAAGCCAAAGAAUCUGAAAAUGUUGGUCUUGCUGAAAGCAAGGACAAAGUGGAAGAAUUGAUGGUGCAGGUAAAGGAAUUUACUGAGGAAAUCAAUAAACUUAAUGAAGAAAAUAAGGCUUUGCUUGAUAAAUGUAACAGUCUAGAAACAGAGACAUCACAUUUGAAGGAAAAGUUGGAAGAAGCACAGAUGGAAAAGCAAAAUCUAGAAACUGAACAUUCCAAGGCUGCUGGAGAAAAGGGAAGAUAUCAGGAAAUUGCUGAUGAAUGCAAAGAAAAAGUCGAUAGGUUAAAUGAAGACAUAGAGAACCUAAAAUCUGAGAACAGCAAACUAAUUGCAGAUGCAUCAGAUGUAAACGAUACACUGAAAGAUGUCCAGGAAACUGUGUCUUCAAUAACUUUAGCUUUUAAGGAAGUUUAUCCUAUUAUGAGUGAGUCCCUCAUUUCUUCAACUUCUGACAAUCUCUUAGCAAGACUGAAAGGUAUUCAAGAGCUUUUAGGUGAAAUUGGCAAGAAGCGGGAGAGCCUCAGUCCAGAGGAGUGGGUAAAGACUGUCACAAGUUCACUUGAACAGUUCCAGAACAGCUUCCAGGUUAUUGUUCAGUCUAAGACCAAGGUAUCUGAAAAGUCUUGUGAAGAUUGUUUUGGUAGUUUAAGCAAAAGUUUUAUCGAUGUUUACAAAAUUACAUUGUCUAUCUUGGAUCUCCCUGAAAACUCAGUCCUCGAAGAGAAAUGCCAACAGAUCACCUCAUCAUUUUCAAAGCUGUGUGAAGGUUUGAGUAAAGAUUUGGAAAUGGCAAAUCAGAUGAGUGAGGAAGUGAAAAAGAUUACCCAAGAAAGAGAGGCAUUGCAUGAACAGAUACAGAAAGUGAAUGAAGAAUCUGACAGGAAGAUCAAAGAGGUGUCUGCCCAUCUUGAUAACACAUUAAAAGAUAAGAACUGUGAGUUAGAGAACAAAAAGGAAGUUAUUGCUGAGCAUGAGAAGACUGUGAAGAAGCUAGAGAAAACAUUAGAGGAGGAGAAAGCAUCAUUUGAAAAACUGUCAGCAGAACAUAAAGAGAAAUUGUCUGUUUUAGAAGAAAAGUUAACUGUGAGGGAAAAAAGACUUGGUGAAUUAGAGACACAGAUAACAUCAGGUGACAGCCAGAAAGAGGAGAUUGUCAGUAACUUAAGAAAGCAAUUAGAGAGCAUUACAGAAGAAAAGACAAAUUUAGACAAGAAAUUAGAGGAAGUUAUUGUACAGAAAGAGCAUAUGGAGAAGUCACACAGAGACCAGAGUGAGGAAAUGGCCAGCUUGCUAAAGAAAGGGGAGGAACUGACCUCUGAAUGCAACUCCCUCCAAAAGGAAAAGGAGGCUGUAGCAAAUAGCCUGGAAGAUGUGAAGAGGGAGUUCACCACGAAGGAGAAGAUCUAUCAAGACGAGAAGCAUGAGUUAGAGAAGAAAGUCGUCCUGCUAUCUGAAGAGAAGAUCAGUUUAGAAAAGGAAUUUGCCACCAUGAGUCAGAGCAGGAAGUCCAAUGAAGAAGACUUCAGCUCAAAGAGAAAAGAACUCGAGGAACAAAUCCAUACUAUCGCAGAGGAAAAGGCCAGCCUAAAGGGGGAACUUGAGGACAGGAAGAGAGAAAAUGCAACUCUUCAAGAAAAUAUUCAGGAACUGGAGAAGAAGCUGGAGAAACUUGGCUCGGAAGUGGGGCAGUUGCAAGAAAAGGUCAAAGAUAGAGAGACAGAGCUAGAGAUUCCUGAGUAUGUUCAACACAGGACAGUUAAGUGUAUGAGAAAUCUAAAUGUGGAGGAGGCCAGCAGGGGUUAUAGGAUGUCUAGUAGUGAAGCAGAGCUAGCCAGCAAGCAGGAGCAGCUCCAGACAAUUACAGAAAAACUUCAGUCAUUCAGCAAUGAUUCUCCCCCACCUGCAACUGCUCCAGACAAUCAGCAACUGGAAAAACUUGAAGAGAAAAUCCAGGAGCUUCAGCAAGAGAGGGAUGUUCUAAAAAAGACAAUCCAAGGUUUAGAGAGCGAGUUGUCUUCGGCCCGUGAGUCAACCAACCAGGCUCAGGACGCACAGAGCGAGGCCAUGAGCACAAGCACAAUCAGUCGAGCGGAGGACACCCAGCGCAUGAAGGAACUGGAGGACACGUUUGAGGAGAGGUAUAUGAAGCUGAAGAGCGUUGCCAUCAAACUGAAGAAACGAGUAGCAGAACUCACAGCCCAGCUCAACUCGUCGGAGGAAUCGCGCAGUAGAUUAGCCACGGAAAAAGAUGAUCUUAAGAAGAAGUUUGACAUGGGAGCCAAAGAUAGCAUGAAAACGGUGUCAAAGAACAUACAGGCUCUUCAGGGUGAGAUUGACAGAUUGCAAGAUGAAGUAGACAGCAAAGUAAAAGAACUCAAGGACACUGGAAAACAGCUUCUGGCAGCGACUGAACAACUAGCAGCUGCAAAGUCUGAUUUGGCAAAGAUGCAGGAGGAAAAUGCUGUUAUAUAUCGUACAGUAAAGGGCCUAGAGGAAACAAUUGCCACACAGGAAAGUGUCACCUUGAGCUUGCGUGGGCAGGUCGCUAGCCUGGAGGAGCGCAUAGCAGCCGAGGUGCAGCAGCAACACACCCUCGAGGAACGCAGGAGGAAGGCUGAUGAGCAGAUUGAGGAGGAGAGACAGAAAAUUUCCCAACUCACAAGGGAACUGGAUGAAGCAAAGCAGGACAGUAAAACAAAGAGCCUGAUGGACCUGGAAAUGCGGGACUACGAGCUGACGGUAAGCGAACUCCAAGGCCAGCUGGCAGAGAAGGACACCAGUAUUGCUGAACUGCAGGCAGAGAUCGAGAGAGAGAAGAGACGAUCAGGGAGUCUGCAGGAUCAGCUGGUUCACCUUUCCACUCAGGAAGCCACCGAAAGAGAGAGAGCAGAGAAGAUGAAGAAACUUCUCCUGGAUCACAAGACGCAGUUAGCCGAGCUGCGACAAGUACAGGAAGUCCAGGCGGCGGUACAGGAGACAGACCGAGUCACAAUUGAACAGCUCACCCAGGAAGUUGAAAAGCAGAAAUUAGUAUUGUCAGAAAUUAGCAUUGAAAAGACAAGACUAGAGGACGCUUUGAGGAAAUCUAAAGCUGUGGCUGAUCAUCAAAUUGAAGUCUUAGAAGAACAACUUUCAAAACAUAAAACUGAAGUAAGUCAGUUAACUUCAGAAUUGAAGACAGUUAAAGAUGAAUUUGAAGGAUACAAAGUGAGGGUCCACAGUGUAUUGAGACAAAAAUCCAGAGCACCAGACAUUGAUGUGAAUGAGCUGAAGACCGAGAGAGACCAGCUCCAGAGUGAUUAUGAUGCAGCCCAGUUAAGAAUACAACAGUUACAAUCUGAGAUCUCUGCAGUGAAGGCAGAACUCAGCUACUUGCAGUCUGAGAAGGAUGGACUUUUGCGUCAGGUGUCUUCCAUCACUGAGGAAUUGACCAAAAGGGAGUCGUCCCAUCAAGAGAAAGUUGCCAAACUGGAGAGUAAAAUUGAGACUAAGACAGCAGAGUAUCAGCUGAUCAUUGCCAACAUGUCCAUUCAAAAUGAAACUAUGAGUAAUAGCUUUAAGAAGCAACUCGAGACUCUACGUGACACCCACACUCAUGAGGUAGAGGAUCUUACAAAGAAACUUGAAGAAACUGAGGACAAGCUUUGGCAGCUCAAGAACAAUGUUAAUACUGCGCCAGCCCCUCCUGCGAAUGCAAGCAACUCCCUUAGUCCAUAUGCAGGUGUCCCUCACACUAAUCGUCAUGAAUUGGACACACACACCAAUACUUCUCACCAUAAUCAGCACAGACGUCAGCACAGCCAUGGCUCAGAGGAGAAUAGGAUUGAUAUCACUAACAUGAUCAGGGAAGAAGGAGAGGGAUCAGAGUGGGUGGAGCCUGUACACCAUUCCCCGGCUAGACCCAUGGGAUACAGCCCGCCACCCUUGGAGCAGCUCAUAAACUCUCCCCUGCCCUCAGCCCCCAGUCAGCAACCCCCUCAAGACGACACGGUCAGCGUCACCAGUGUUGCCACUGAUACCACAUUAAAGGAGAUAGAUAGGCUGGAGACGAAGUUGAAAUCAGGAGAGAUGCGGAUUCAGCAGCUGACCUCCCUCUUGCAUGAGUCUGAGGCAGAGAACGCCAAGCUGUCCCAACUGGCAGAUGCGCUCAAGGAAGAAAUCCGAAGAUCGGCUCGUAAUGAAAGCCGAGAAAAGCACAUGGAAAAUAUGGAAUAUGCCAAGAAUGUGAUAUUGAAGUUUUUGAUGUUGAGGAACAACGAGGAACGGAAACACCUUGUUCCUGUUCUGAAGACGGUUUUGCAGUUGUCGCCACAGGAAGUGUCACAGCUUGAGCAAAUGGCAGUUGGAACGGAAGAAGGAGCCUCAAACGGAGGAUGGAGUGAUUAUCUACAUCUCUGGUCAAGUAGAUAACAAGUGGCCGCACCAUUUUGAAAUCUGUUCAUUAGUCUCCAUUGCAACAUAUGUUGGGAUGUAGAGGUGACUACACUUUAGGUUGUAGUUUUUUUUUCUAUUUGUUUCUUUUUUUUCUGUGGAGUUAUAUGUUGAGAUGUAUAUAUUAGAGGAAAGUUUGGAAUAUUGUCAAGGACAUUGCUAUACACACACAAAAAAGCAAAAAACAAAGAAA